UUCUUGAUCAAUCAGGAAAGCGGUUUUCUGUUUCGUGAAAACGACGACCGAAGCGAAGACCAGAUAAUUCCAGCUUCAAAAAUCUUCAAAGUCUUCUUCUCUUCAAUGACAUUAGAUUUCGAAUCGAUUCUCCGUCAAUUUUUUCGGAAUUCCAUUUCAAUGGCCACGAUUGACGAUACCAAUUUUAUCGCCUAAGAUCAUUCCUUAGGUUUCCGUGUAGAGUAACAAACUCAAGUCAAUGCAUAUUCCCAAUUCGGCACUUCAACUUUUAGAGUUGAGUCAAAAUCUUCGCCGUAUUGAGAAUUCAAGACGAGGGUUCGGAUUAUUUUCCAUCGAAUUUGAAGAUCUAUUGUCAGAAUUGAGUCUGUACGCCGGAACAGGAGAAGAAUUAGACUUCGAUUUGGGAAUCAAUGACAAGCUCGAUAGAGGAUUGCAUCGAUGUGAGUAAAACCCUAAUUUUCUUGGGUUUUCAGGAAAAUAUACACGAGAUUUUCAGGUGUGUUGCUACAGACGUUUCAUUUUGGGAGUUACUGUUGAUCUGAGGAGAAGAAGGGUAAUCUUGUUUUCUGAUGAGAAUAUGGGGGAGAGUGGAACUGCCUUGCAUACUGCUAUGAACGCUGUACAGGCACUUGGGAGAGGGUUUGAUGUAAAUUUUGAUUCAAGGUUACUUUAUUGUAAAGGUGUAUCUGGUUCUACUAUAGUUGAGAUUGAUGAUGAACAUUCUAGAGAUAUUUGUUUGUAUGAUGAUGUAGUUUUGCUCAAUGUUUCUUGGGACAUCAAGAACUUCCAGGAGCCUAUUGGGCAUCGAUCUUCUGGAAUUUGUAGUUUCGAUGAGAUGGUAGAUUAUUUUAAUCAAAAGGAUGGUCUUUCUGAAGGUUACCCAUCUGGUAGUUUUAAUAGUGCAUUCGGCUUCACUGGUUUUAAGCAGAUUGAUGCUGCAGCAACAAAGAGCCUUUCCACUGACGGAUUUUAUAUUCCACUUGCAAAAUUUCAGUUUACAAAAACCCCAUUGGUGUUGCAAGAAAAUGUCAAGCGGGCUGUUCCAACUACUUGGGAUCCACCAUCCUUGGCAAGCUUUAUUGAGAAUUUUGGGACGCAUGUAAUCACAUCUAUAACUAUUGGUGGGAAGGAUGUGAUAUAUAUUAAACAGCACCAAUCUUCUCCUUUAUCAACCAUGGAGUUAAAGAGAUAUGUACAGGACAUUGCAAACCAGAGGUUCUCUGACACGCAAGGUCAGAUGGGUUCUGGAAGUAUAAAACAUAAGGAAAAGGGUCUAGACGGUGGAUUAUUCAACAACCAAGGGGUAUAUCCUCAGCCCACUUCUGCUCCAUAUCUCACUGGAAAAGAAGACGUCACAGUCAUAUUCCGGAGGAGAGGAGGAAAUGACUUGGAACAAAACCAUGUCCGGUGGGCAAGAAAUGUUAGGUCCUCCCCAGAUGUUAUUGAGAUGACUUUUUGCCCAAUAACUGCUCUCCUUGAUGGUGUAGCUGGAAAGGAGCAUUUAACUCGAGCUAUUCUUCUCUAUCUUGAUUACAAACCUCCAUUAGAAGAACUGAGAUAUUUUCUAGAGUUUCAGAUUCCUCGGGUAUGGGCUCCCACAUGUGACACAAUUCCUGGCCAUCAAAGGAAAGAACCAGUAUGCCCUUCUUUGCAAUUCAGCAUAAUGGGGCAAAAGCUAUAUGUCAGCAUAGAGCAGAUUUCGAUAGGACGUAAGCCAGUGACUGGUAUGCGUCUGUCUCUUGAAGGGAGCAAGCAGAACCGGUUAAGUAUCCAUCUUCAACACCUAGCUUCUCUUCCGAAAAUUAUGCACCCAUACUGGGACACCCACGUUGCAAUUGGUGCUCCCAAGUGGCAGGGACCUGAAGAACAAGAUAGCCGAUGGUUCGAGCCAGUAAAGUGGAAAAACUUUUCUCACAUAAGCACUGCUCCUAUUGAAAACCCUGAAACCUUCAUGGGAGAGCUAUCUGGUGUCUACAUAGUCACUGGAGCUCAGCUUGGAGUCUGGGAUUUCGGUUCAAGAAAUGUUUUGUACAUGAAACUUCUGUAUUCUAGACUGCCAGGGUGUACAAUACGAAGAAUGUUAUGGGAUCAUUUGCCUAACGACAAGUCGAAAAAACUAGUGACCUCUAGUGAUAACAGCAGUAAAGUUGACGACUCGAGUUCAGGUACAAAAAGCAUACAAGGCAACAAACUGGCCAAGGUCGUCGACACGACGGAGAUGAGCAAGGGGCCUCAAGAUUCUCCAGGUCACUGGUUGGUUACGGGUGCAAAAUUAGGUGUGGAAAAGGGUAAAAUUGUGUUGAGAGUGAAGUACUCCUUGCUUAACUAUUGAGUUUGUGCUUUCUUCUUAUAAUGAGAAAUGGGAGCCCUCUGGAUGUUGUAGGUAGAAGUAGCAUAGCUGAAGAUAAAAUGGGUUCAUCAAACUCGUAAAAGGAAUUGUUGCAGUUUGAUGAACAUAAUCAAGUGGUAGAUUAGUUGUUUUGAUCUAAAUUUAUGGAUCUCUAACAUUAACUGGUGGCCAAAUUAUAUAUAGGUCUUAAAAGGAAUACUUUGUUAAUUGUGUGCAGGCUUUUGUUCUUCCUUUAUUGUUCGAUUAUUGUCCGAGAA